AGCGCACCGCAGCGGUCCGUUUAUUUUUAUUUUUUUGUUCGGACUGACUACCAAAAUGGAAGAUUAUAUAUCUAAGCUUUUCUCAAAAUUGGACUUUUCAGUCAAAACAGGAGGUGAUAAUUAGCGGAAGACCAACGCCGGAGCUAAAAGAGCCCCCGGUGGUCCGGCGAUGAAGAAGACAUCGUCAACCAGGCAGAAAUGGAGCUGAGUGCUGACGUGGCGGUGUGUCUGGGCUCUGUGGCCUCCAUUAAAGUCCUCUGGGAGGGAAGGAUCAGGAAGCAGAAAGAGGAACUGCAGAAGGAGAAGAGGAUCAGGGAGCAGGCAGUGGUCAGUAGGUUAGCACAUGUCUGGGAAGACAGAAUAAUUCUGGCCAGGCUGAAGGAGAAGAUCUUAAACGAAGAGGGCCGAGUGAUCCUGAGAAUCGAAAAGGAGGAAUGGAAGGUUCUUCCAGCUGCUAUGGUACAACUGACCAACCUGCAAGAGUGGCACCUGCACAGGACGGGCCUGCUGAGGGUCCCCUCAUUCAUUGGCCACUUUGAGAACCUCCUGGUGCUCAACUUAUCCAGGAACAGCAUUGCCGAGGUCCCCCCUGAAAUAGGGCGUCUCACCAGACUGCAGGAGCUCCUGCUCAGCUACAACCGGCUACAGGACGUCCCAGAAGAACUGGCGGGCUGUCAGAGCCUGGAGAAGCUGGAGCUGGCGGUGAACCGAGAUUUGAGUCGUCUGCCACUGCAGUUAGGUCAGCUGAGAAACCUCCAGCACCUGGACCUGUCCAUUAACCAGUUCACUGCCAUCCCUGAAGCUCUGCUCGACAUGCCAGCCCUCGAGUGGCUCGAUAUGGGAGGCAACAAGAUCCAAGAGCUGCCACAUGACAUUCACAGGAUGAAAAAUCUUCACACCCUGUGGCUGCAGCGGAAUGAGAUCUGCUGCCUUCCCGAAAGCGUGAGUGAGAUGGCAAACCUUGGCACACUCGUCCUGAGCAGCAACAAACUGCAAGACAUCCCCACCUGCAUGGAGAAGAUGGACAAUCUGAGGUUUGUAAACUUCAGAGACAAUCCUCUGAAAAUUCAGGUAAGCCUUCCAUGGGAAGAGAAAGAAGAGGAGGAGGAGGAGGAAGAGGACGACAGGGAGAUGUAUGGAAGAGAGUUCAUGUUGGCAUACAUCCAGGAGUCCAGACGCAGAGAAAGCAGACCACCAAGUUCCCAGUAUGAGAGCGACUUGCCUGCGUGUUCCUGCUGACAGCGCCGCAGGAUAGAGGACUGUCCUUCAGAUUACUCCCAGGUCUGUGUUAUCAGCU